AUGUCAUCCGUCACAGGAAUACCAGAAAACCCUCGAGUAGUAACAGGAGAGCUCCAAGAACCUCAUGUGGCUGGCUAUGGAGAAGAUGAGCCUUUGCUAGGAAGAGUCGGCGAUGCAUCACAGCAAGAAGGACGGCCACUCUUCUGGAAUCUUGCACUUGGCACAGCAGUAAUAACUCAAGUCGGACUCGUCCUUCUCGUAGCUCACGUUUGGGCCAGCAUAUUUCUUUCUCCGUUAAUGCUCUUCUCGGCACAUCCUCUACUCAAUUCUGCUGGACUCUUGGUUCUUACCCAAGGUAUCCUCAUUCUACAACCUACGCAUACCGCCACACAGAAACGUCAGGGUACUCUCGCACACGCGGGAAUAAAUGCUCUAGCUGGUAGUAUUCUUGUUGCCGGACUUGUGGUUAUUGAGGUCAAUAAGUUCGCACACAAUGGUACCCAUUUCGUAUCAGCUCAUGCUAUCCUUGGCCUAAUCACAUAUCUGCUUCUCUUCGUCCAAGCCCUCGUCGGCUUCACACAAUACUACACCCCCUCCCUUUACGGCUCGGUCUCCACCGCAAAAUCUAUCUACAAAUACCAUCGACUAAGCGGUUACCUUAUCCUCCUCCUAAUCCUCGCCACGAUCUCCGCGGCGACAUGGACAGAUUUCAAUGUUAACCUGUUGCAUAUAAAGAGUUGGGCUAUCAUUAUCUGUGCGGUACUUGUAUUGAUUGGGAUUAUCCCCCGAAUCAAGAAACAGAAAUUAGGCUUGGGGUCGUCCUUGGGGAAUUGA